GCAUCAGCAGCAUCAGCCACGGACCGAGCGCGCGCUUCCCGCCAGCAGGACGAUGCGGGUGUUUGCAAGCAUUUGAUCUCCAAGUUCUCUGUCCUCUAUCCUCGAGCGGGACGAACACAACCCCCCCCCCCCCCCCAUUAUUCGCACUGACUUCCGCUCUCCUCCUUCAGUGUUUAACAGUGAGACGACGGGAUCGUGGCUGUGGGCUGACGCAUGGCGCAGUGUCUCUGCAUGACGCGUUUAGGUUUUCGUUAAAAACAUUUUUGAUUCCCCCUCUUGGACAACCUGCCGACCACCACCAACUACAGCGAUGACGGACCCGGCAGAAUGCGGCGUCAAAGUGCUGUGCAGGUUCAGGCCCCUGAACGAGGCGGAGAUCACACGAGGGGACAAAUACAUCCCCAAAUUCAAAGACGACGACACCGUGGUGAUAACGGGAAAGCCGUACGUCUUCGACCGUGUUCUCCCCCCGAACUCCCAGCAGGAGCAGGUCUAUGAUGCGUGCGCAAAGCAGAUCGUCAAAGACGUGUUGGAAGGCUACAAUGGGACCAUCUUUGCCUAUGGACAGACCUCCUCAGGGAAGACCCACACAAUGGAGGGAAAGCUCCACAACCCCCAGCUGAUGGGUAUCAUCCCACGCAUCUCCAACGACAUCUUCGACCACAUCUACUCCAUGGACGAGAACCUGGAGUUCCAUAUCAAGGUGUCCUAUUUUGAGAUCUACAUGGACAAGAUCAGGGACCUGCUGGAUGUGUCCAAGACCAACCUUGCUGUGCAUGAGGACAAAAACAGAGUUCCCUAUGUCAAGGGUUGCACGGAGCGCUUUGUUUCCAGUCCUGAGGAGGUGAUGGACGUCAUCGAUGAGGGAAAGGCCAAUCGGCACGUCGCAGUGACCAACAUGAACGAGCACAGCUCCAGAAGUCACAGUAUCUUCCUGAUCAACAUCAAGCAGGAGAACGUGGAGACGGAGAAGAAGCUGAGUGGGAAGCUGUACCUGGUUGACUUGGCCGGCAGCGAGAAGGUCAGUAAGACGGGUGCAGAAGGGGCGGUGCUGGACGAGGCUAAGAACAUCAAUAAGUCUCUGUCGGCGCUGGGCAACGUCAUCUCUGCACUGGCCGAGGGAACCAAAAGCCACGUCCCAUACCGGGACAGCAAGAUGACUCGCAUCCUGCAGGACUCCCUGGGGGGCAACUGCCGGACCACCAUCAUCAUCUGCUGCUCGCCCUCCGUGUACAACGAGGCCGAGACCAAGUCCACCCUCAUGUUUGGACAGAGGGCCAAGACCAUCAAGAACACGGUGUGUUUGAACCUGGAGCUUACGGCGGAGGAGUGGAAGAAGAAAUACGAGAAGGAGAAGGAGAAGAGCAAGGGCCGCAAGAAGAUCAUCCAGAGGCUAGAGGCCGAGCUCAACCGCUGGAGGAACGGUGAGGCCGUGCCAGAGGCGGAACAGCAGCCCGCCCGCAGCGUUGAGCAAUGCGACAACACCCCUGUCAUCGACAACCUCCCCGAGUCCACCGAGGGAGGGGGGGAGAAGACGGACGUCUCCUGCCAGGAGAGGAGCAAGUACGAGGAGGAGAUCGUCUCCCUGUACAAGCAGCUGGACGACAAGGACGACGAGAUCAACCAGAGCAGCCAACUGGCGGAGAAGCUGAAGGAGCAGAUGUUGGACCACGAGGAGCUGUUGGCGUCGACGCGCCGCGACUAUGACAAAAUCCAGGAGGAGCUUGACCGCCUGCAGACGGAGAACCAGCUGGCCAAGGAGGAGGUGAAGGAGGUGCUGCAGGCGCUGGAGGAGCUGGCCGUCAACUACGACCAGAAGGGCCAGCUGGUGGAGGAGCGGCAGGAGGCCAACACCCACCUGGCCCGCGAGCUGCAGGAGAAGACGGACAUGGCGUGCGUGCUGCAGAGGGAGCUGUGUGAGGUGCAGGAGCAGGGCGCCCUGCAGAGGAGGAGGGCCGCCGAGCUGAUCUGCCUGCUGCUCCGGGAGCUGGGGGACCUGGGGAGCCUCAUGGGGACCAGCGAGCUCAAGACCCCCGCCCCCGCCUGGGAGGUCAAAGGUCAGGGCAGUUCAGCGGCGGAGGAGGAGUUCACCCUGGCUCGUCUCUACCUGAGCAAGGUGAGGUCAGAGGUCAAGUCACUGGUCAACCGCAGCAAGCAGCUGGAGAGCGGCCAGGCCGACGCCCAACUCAAGAUCCAGGCCAAUGAGAAGGAGCUGGCCUCCUGUCAGCUGCUAAUCACCCAGCACCAGGCCAAGAUGAAGUCCCUCACAGACUACAUGCAGGACAUGGAGCAGAAGAAGAGGCAGCUGGAGGAGAAGCAGGACUCCCUCACCGAGGAGCUCGCUAGACUGCAGACCCACGAGACCCCCAAGCAGGACUCUGAGGAAGAGGAGGAGGAGAUCCUCCAUGGACAGAAGGAGUUGAAGGAGCACCAGGAGCUGAAGGAGGCCCACCAGAAGCAGUUGGGUCGUCUCAGAGAAGACAUCCAGGACAAGCAGAGCAUGUUGGACCAGCUGACUGAUCUGAACCAGGGUCUGCUGGUGGAACAGAAGCGCAUGCUGUCAGACUUUGACAAGCUGAAGGCCGAGAUGCAGGAGAAGGACUCCAAGCUCCACAAACUCAUGCAGCUGAAUGACGAGAGGGACCAGGCCAGGGAUGAGUUGAGGGGUCUUGAGGAGACUGCGGCCAAAGAGCUGCAGACUCUGCAUAACCUGCGCCGGCUGUUUGUGAAGGACCUGACGGCACGCGUGAAGAAGAGUGCAGAGCUGGAGUGCGAGGAGGGGCUUGGGAGCGUGGCCCAGAAGCAGCGCAUCUGCUUCCUGGAGAAGAACCUGGAGCACCUCACCAAAGUCCACAAGCAGUUGGUGAGUGAUAAUGGGGACCUGCGCUGCGAGCUGCCCAAGCUGGAGAUGCGUCUGCGGGCCACGGCGGAACGUGUCAAGGCCCUGGAGGGGGCGCUGAAGGAGGCUAAGGGAAGCGCGUCACGAGACCGCCGCCACUACCAGCUGGAGGUUGGCCGCAUCAAGGAGGCCGUCCGGGCCAAGAGGAUGGUCCGCCGGGGGCCCUCAGCUCAGAUCGCCAAGCCAAUCCGUCCAGGCCAGCACCCUCUGUCCUCUCCCACCUUCCACGCGUUGAGGGACGGUCUCUACAACAACAACCACUACCAGACCAGCAUCUAGCCCCUCCCCCCUGAAGCAUGUCUGAUGCACACUUCCUGUUUGGAACACGCAGCCUCAACCCUCCUACGUUUAGUCCAAUAGGAGACCAUCUCCCAGUGACCCCACCCACAACACAUGAACCCCCCUCCUUGAUUCGGAAACAAUUCAGCGAUGUAACCUAAAACCACUUUUUAUUGGAAAACAAAGUCAAACAAAACAAUAUAAUCACGUGCCUUAUUUAUGAACCCUUCAGUAACAAACUAUUCAUGUGUACAAUCUCAUUUUCGUUUUUUCCCCUAAUUUUGGUAAUUGUAUUUAUUCAAAUUGUUCUUGAUCAUACACUGAAUGUGAUAUGCUAUUGUAAUUUUUAUCAAGCAUAGUAAUAAUUGUAAUUAGUUGAGUAGUACAUUCACUUUAUCAUUUCAUUGUAUGUUACUUACUAUUUCCAUUGCGGUAUUCGAUAAAGGCAUACAUUAUAAGGCAAUUUACAUUGAGUGUAAUGAAUAGCAGUAUUUUAUGUUGUAAUAGAUUAAGGCACCAGGAAUUUCUCGGAGAUUUAGCUGCAUUUUAGAACCAACCGACCUAGUUCCAUUUUGUUUUGAAGGAUUUCUGUUCAAAGACCAACCAUGCCUCACAUCAUCUCUCCUGCUCCAGGGCACUCUUGUAAUCAGAGCUCCUGUAUUUCAAAUAUCUCGCUCCAGCUCCCCCUCUAACAGCGACACACUACUCAAAGGGAUACGCCGAUGAAUCUGUUUGUUGCCGUCGGCCUCUCUUACCCAGGUUCAGAUGAGUUGUUUGAUGCCAGAAUCAUCCUUGGGUGUACAGAAGGGGAGAAUGCUGGGUGAGCAUUGGCUUUCUGUUAGCAUCUUCCAUUGGCUUGCAGAGCUGCAGCAGCCUAGCUUGUUUAUGUGAGGGGAAUACACUUUGAAUUACUUUCCAAAGAUUUCAGAAUAGUCGCAUAUUAAUAAUUAAUGCCAGUAAUAAACAAGAUUGUGGUAAAUCUACAAAGCCACAGAGUAUUUUGUAGUACUGCUGGAUAAUUUGUGUUUGUACAAACUUCAAUCUUGCUGUGUUUUCACUGGACCAUAUUUUGAAUAAGCGACUAUUCAGAACACUUUGGAAAUCUUUGGAAAGUAAUAGUGAAGCUUAUUCACCCCAUGUGACCGGGAGCUUGGCUACAGUAGCUCUGCAAGUCAAUUGAAGCGGCUAACGGAACACAAAUGCUAAACCACCAAACUGCCAUUCUGGACACAUAAUGAUGAAUAUGUAGUUAAACCAAUCUACUAAUUCUCGGUAAAACAGGCAAACACAAAUUUACAGAUAUAUCUGUGUAUCCCUUUAAUCAAGAACUGGGGCACUGACCAGCAAAUCAGAUGUUUCCUUGUCCCAAGGGGCGGAGCUAGAGUGAGCUUGUUUUAAUAACAGAACUAUUCAGUGCUAAAACAUCACUUGAAACUCUGCAAUCAUUUGUCUGGUUAUUUUUUUAUUUUAUCCCCAUCAUGAGAAAAUGUCAAACUUUGUGUAUGCAUCAUUUAAUGGCAAAGAGAGACCAGCAUGAAACAGCAAUAUGUUGCAAUGUAAUGCAUCUUAAUACAAAUGUAUAUAUGCCUUGGUUAAAGUUAUUUAAUGAUUAGAAGGUUUGCAGUUGAAUAUUUGAUUUUUGCAUCAGAAUUGAUCACUUUACUCUUAACCCUGUUGCUAGAAAAACUACCCCCAUGCUCCCAACAUGACCACUAGCACUAGUCUCUUGUAUUUGUGUGAACAUCAGCCCAUGGGUUAUGUUUGGUCUGAAGCUGAUAAGUGCAACUGGACAUUAAUAAAUGCAUAUGAUAGCACGGCUAGCUUGUUUCAGGCGUGCUCAGGGAAAUGCCAAUGCAAAUGUGAAAUGGAUGCCAUUUGAACGUAUAUAUAUAUGAUGAUCAUCGAUGGAGACCACGCCAGGUCUAUGGGUCCUUGCUUUCUUUUAUUUUUGCAAUGACAUCAAUAAAUCAAUAAAUUUCAGUGUAUAUUCAAUCUUAACGGCUAAAGCUAAUAAAGAUGUAUUUAUUUAACUUAAA